AUGAAGGCGGGCGGCGGCGCCGGGAGGAGGGAGGAGGCGGCGCUAUGGCUGUGGCUCCUGCUGAUCGCGACCGCCUGCAGCUUCGCGUUUCUCCUACUCAAUCUCCCUGGUGGGGAGCGCACGGGAAGGCCCCAGUUGUCCAUGAAGGAGAUUGGGGAGAUCGCGAGACUCGACGCCCUGCCCGAAGAGAUAGAAGGGCAAGCUGAUGAAAUAGCUGCAGAGGAAGAUGAAAGAAUCUCCAGAUCCUCCCCUAGCACUAAGGAGAAGAUAUGGAUGAUGCAAGAUCAGCUAAUUAUGGCCAGGGCCUAUUUACAGUUUGCUUCUCCACAUGGCAACACACAUUUGGUCCGGGAGUUGAAAUUGAGGAUGAAAGAGAUAGAGAGGGCGAUAAGUCACUCUAGCAGUGGUUCCCGAGUACCUGGAAGCACACUGCAGAAAAUGAAGGCGAUGGAAUUGACGUUAUCCAAAGCCCAGAGAGCCUACCCACAUUGCUCUCACAUGGCACCAAAGCUACGUGCAAUGACAUACAACAGCGAAGAAUUGGUCAGAGCUCAUCGAAGUGAAUCUUCAUUCCUUGAGCAGGUGGCUGUGAGGACAUCACCUAAAGGACAUCACUGCCUAGCACUGCGACUUACUUCAGAAUAUUUUUCUUUGGAUCCUAAGGAACGUGAGUUUCCAAAAAGAUCCAGUAUGGUGAUGGAUGACUUCCAUCAUUAUGCCAUAUUCUCGGACAAUAUACUAGCCAGUGCAGUGGUUAUCAACUCUACGAUUGCUGCAUCAAAGGAUCCAAAAAGGAUAAUGUUUCAUGUUAUAACUGAUGCAUUGAGUUUUCCUGCAAUGAUGAUGUGGUUUUUGACAAAGCCACCAAGUCCUGCCACAAUUCAAAUUGAAAGCAUGGAUGAGUUGAAAUGGCUCCCUGUUGAUUUCAAUUCCAGAUUUAAGCAGGAGGGUAUUCGAGAUCCAAGAUACACUUCUGCACUAAACCACUUGCGCUUUUACUUGCCUGAAGUAUUCCCUUCUCUGAGCAACGUUCUACUCUUGGACCAUGAUGUUGUAGUCCAAAAAGACUUAAGUGGAUUGUGGCAGGUAGAUAUGAAGAGUAAAGUAAAUGGUGCUCUUGAGACAUGCAGUUCUGGCAAUGGCUACCAUCGAUUGGACAACCUUGUAAAUUUUUCUGAUCCAAGUAUCAUCAACAAAUUUGAUGCAAAGGCUUGCAUAUAUGCAUUUGGGAUGAACAUUUUUGACCUUAAGGAAUGGCGUAACAAGGGUUUAACUGCAGCUUAUGAUAAAUGGUUUCAGGCAGGCAAAAGGCGGAGAGUAUGGAAGGCAGGAAGCUUACCACUGGGGCAGCUUGUCUUCUACAACCAAACAGUGCCUCUUGACCACCGGUGGCAUGUUCUUGGGCUCGGUCAGAAUAGCAACACGGGAAGAGAAGAAAUCGAGAGGGCAGCUGUUAUCCACUAUAGCGGGAACCUUAAGCCCUGGUUGGAGAUCUCCAUCCCCAAGUACAAAGAGUACUGGAACAGGUUCCUUGGCUACGACAACACAUACUUGCAGCAGUGUAACAUCCACAAGUAG